GAUCGAAACCUUUCCGCUGACAGCAUAACAGCCCUGUCUGGCUGAGCAAACUUCUGUAGCAGCACUGGAUAUUAUUUUUGGGCAAUCAUUUGUCGUUGCUUUUAGCUGAAUUAUAGAUUAUAAAUAUAGAACAAAAAAUCUAUAAGCAUUAUGGCAAAGAUAUUAAAAGCGUCCACGGGUUUGACCGGCUUGGCGGUCGCCACCAAUCCACAUCACACAUUGUCUGCGCUAUAUGGCAAAAUAUUAAGUGCCGUUUCCAAAAUGCCGCAAGAGUCCAGCUAUCGUAAAAACACCGAGCUGCUUGUAAAGCAACGCGCUGAUGCUGUGGCAAAAAAUAAGGAUAUUGGUGUGCUAGAGAAGUCUAUCGGUUGUGGUCAAGUAGAGGAGCUAAUUGUGCAGGCGGAAAAUGAAUUGACACUGGCACGCAAAAUGCUCGGCUGGAAGCCGUGGGAGAAAUUGGUACAGGCAGCGCCAGCGAAGCAAUGGGAUUGGCCACCAGCGCAAAUCCUUGAGCCAAAGGUGUAAUUUAUCUAGUGUUGUUAUUGUAUCAUCCUAUUUGUUGACAGCAAAUAAAUUCUGAGGCCGAUUGUCAAAAAUGUA